CUGCCCGGGCGGUUUGCCAACCUCCGGACACGUGAUCCGUCUCUGCGAGUCGCCCAAUUCCCCUGAAGACGGGCAGCCCAGAAAGUCUCUUGGUUUGGUUGAAAAUCUUGUUCCCAAGAGGCCAUCUCGAGACCACCGACGUCUCUCUCUACUGUAGAUCUCUCGAUUUCUGAAUUUCUAGCCAUAGUUGACGCUGCGGUCGAUGCUGGAAACCCCCACGAUGCAGGCACCACUUCACCCAUUUUAUCCUCCGGGGAUUGAGCUCUCAGGACAUGAAUACGUCGCCAAUCGCCUCGGAGCGCUCGCUCUAGUUCUGGCCUUUGGAGCAGGAUGCUUUGUUAUUCUCGGGAGUGCCUUGAUUGUCGCCAAUUGGGCGAAUCCACGAUUGAGUCGAGCCGAUCGUGCGCUUUUCUUAUGGUUUGUUUUGUGUAAGUGAAAAUCCUGUUCAGUGGAGAACAUGACCUAAUUCUGACUUCAUAGGCGGAAUGAUCCAUCUGCUCUUUGAGGGCUAUUUUGUGUUCAAUCAUAGGACCAUGGCGAGCAGAGACGAUUUCUUUGGGAUGCUGUGGAAGGAAUACUCCCUCAGUGAUUCAAGAUAUAUGUUUUCCGACCCGUUUGUAUUGUGUAUGGAGUCUGUGACGGCGGUACGGCAUCAAUUGCAAUCAUACUGCAGUUCCAAUACUCACAAAUUUAUAGAUAAGCUGGGGGCCACUAUCAUUUGCGAUGGCAAUUCUCAUCGUGAAAGACUCUCCAUACCGACAUCCCAUCCAAGCACUAGUCUCUACCGGGCAGUUAUAUGGAGACAUGCUUUACUAUCUCACCAGUCUUUUCGAUGACUACCACUCUGGAAAGAGGUUCUAUCGUCCCGAACCUUAUUACUUUUGGUUUUAUUUCGUCUUCAUGAAUGCUUGGUGGAUCAUCAUUCCUGCCGGUAAGUUUCUUAUUCCCGGAUUUGGGGUGGCUCUAACGGAAGAAGCUUGUCUGUUCAGCUCUAUUCGCGCUACAGCAAAGGCUUUCGUGCUGGCAAAAAGAAAUGCGGAGAAUGGGAGUGCGAAAAAGACAUCCUAG